UUAUCUUUCCAAAAAACAAAAUCAAGUCUUGAACCAAAAACCAGUCUGGUUUUUUCAGUUUCAGCUUUUGUAGCUUUUACUAAUAUCUAUCAUCUAUUCUCUCACAUGAAGCUCUCAAGAUGAACCUGUCCCUAACACCUAAAAGUCAUGUCUUUUUACCGAACGGGCUAAUGCUUCUUCAGUAUUGUUUCUUUAGCGUAGAGGUUUUGUAGUUUUUGUUGGGAUUUUCUAUAUGGAUUUUGGGGUUCAGGUGGGUUUGGAUGGGUUCGUGGGCUCAGACACAAGUAAUAGUGGUUUUGCUUCGCUUGCUAGCUCAGAUCCUGAAGCAAAGCAGAAGUUGUACGGAUCUGGGUUCUUGAAGCAAGAGAGACCUGGCAACAUCGAUGGUGAUUGGAGGUGCUCUAAACUGUCCAAAACUGAGUCAAUGCUGCUUGAGCAGAGUAACACUUCACUUCUGAAAUCUAGCUCCAACUUUCUCUUCGCUGAUGGACAGCAGCAGCAGCAGCAGCAGAUGCUUAGCUUCUCCUAUCCCAGAUCAGCUCCUUCAGCUGAGAGAAGCUCCCAAAAUGGCACAUUGCCGUACUUUCACCUCACAUCUUCUGCACAUAAUAGAAAUACAGGCUACAGCUCUGGUAUCUACAAUGCUGCCAGCAUGCAUGGGGUUUUGACCGAGACCAGAUGGCCAUUCACUCAAUCACAAUGGAUGGAGCUUGAACAUCAGGCCUUGAUCUACAAGUAUAUAGCAGCAAAUGUGCCAAUACCUUCUAAUCUGCUCAUUCCCAUAAGAAAAGCUCUUGAUUCUGCUGGGUUUCCUAGCUUUUCUGCUGGUUUUUUGAGAGCCAAUACAUUGCCUUGGGGUGCUUUCCAUAUGGGUUUCUCCAGCAACACUGAUCCGGAGCCAGGACGCUGUCGAAGGACAGAUGGGAAGAAAUGGCGGUGCUCAAGAGAUGCAGUUGCCGAUCAGAAGUAUUGUGAGCGGCAUAUGAACAGGGGCCGCCAUCGUUCAAGAAAGCCUGUGGAAGGCCAUUCAGGCCAUUCCGCUGCAGCCGCCACCACUGUAAAACCAGCCAAUGGCACUUCGUCUUCUACAUCAUCAUCAGUGGUGGGGCUUCGCAGCACUGUGUCCGACAGCCUCACUAUUGCUCAUAAUCAGCAGCAAGCAGCUAGCCCAUCUAAUCUUUCUGCCUCUAAUACGCUCAGCAGGAUGUUCCUUACUAAAGAGAAUGUAGGUGAGAGAACGCAGGAUGCGACAGCCUUGUCCAUGCUUCGAUCCAACAUGGACCUUAAAUCUAAAGAAACUCCAUUCUUCAUAUCAAAACAACAAAACUCAUAUGGGGAAUCCUUACGAAAUGAGUUUGGACUUGUCACCUCCGACUCCCUCCUCAAUCACUCACAGAAAAGCUCAUCUUUAAUGAGCUGCAGAAAUUUUGGUUCGUCUCAGGACCUCACUGACCAGGAAUCUGUUUCACAGCACUCCCUCCGCCAAUUCAUGGAUGAUUGGCCUAAAAGUCAGUCUGAUCGUUCUGCUGUUUCUUGGCCUGAACUUGAUCAGCAAUCUGAGAGAACCCAGCUAUCGAUUUCAAUCCCCAUGGCUCCUGCAGAUUUCAUGUCAUCUACUUCCUCCCCAAACAAUGAAAAAGUCACUCUCUCCCCAUUGAGAUUAUCAAGAGAAUUUGAUCCAAUACAGAUGGGACUGGGAGUGGGAGGUGGAAGUGGUAGUAUUGCCAACGAACCUAACCAAAGGCAAGCCAACUGGAUUCCCAUUUCUUGGGGAACUUCAGUGGGUGGUCCGCUCGGGGAGGUCUUGCACAACACCAAUAACAAUGCAGCAGCAGAGUGCAAGACCACGUCAUCGCUGAACCUGAUGACCUAUAGAUGGGACAACAGUCCUCGUAUAGGUUCAUCUCCAACUGGGGUCUUGCAAAAGUCAGCGUUUGCUUCCCUUUCAAAUAGCAGUGCGGGAAGCAGCCCAAGAGCAGAGAACAAGACCAAUGAAGGUGGCAGCCUCUGCAAUGACCUACUUGGAUCCACAAUUGUGCAUUCUUCUUCGUUGCCUGCCAUGUAACUCUGUUGAUCUGCCAUCUAAGAAGUCUCCUGUCAUCUUAGCUGACAAAACAUGGAGCACUUUGUUUUUGAAGUUGUUAAUCUGUCUGUUAUAUUGUUAUUUUUCGAAUUUUAUUAUAUGUAUUUCUUUGGUUAUUGGUGUGUUCAGAAGAAAUGGAGAACGAUGAUCGCCAAUGUGCUUGGCAGAAAGAUCCUUUAAAGGCUUGUAAUUUGUAUCAUGGAAUUAUGCUUGUCUGGUAUAAUUUUGACUCUCAGUACCUACCCGGUGUUAUAUA